AUGUCUAUCCAAUUAGCAAAAUCGCUCAAGCUACAGAAUGCCAAGACGUGGUCAGUAGAUUAUAAGAAAGCACAUCUGAUAGAUUGUAAUUUACUAGCUGUUGCAUCGGCAGAUCAUAAAAUCAAAGUAUUAGAUAUCAGGGAUGUUGAUAAUAUCAGAUUAAAUGAUGUACUGGAUGAAACCGUGCAUAAGAAAACCAUUAGAUCAGUGGCAUGGAGGCCUAACUGUUCUUCAUGGACUCUUGCGGCCGCCUCUUUUGAUUCUACAAUAUCCAUUUGGAAUAAAGAAGAACCAGUAGUAGAUUAUAAUGAUAGUGAUGCGGAUGAUGUGUACAAUCAAGACGAAAUGGAACUAUUGGCGAUUAUUGAAGGGCAUGAAAAUGAAGUCAAAGGUGUGUCGUGGUCUCAUGACGGUAUGUUGCUCGCAACUUGUUCGAGAGACAAGAGCGUUUGGAUCUGGGAGACUGAUGAAAUGGGAGAAGAAUAUGAAUGCAUUUCUGUCCUACAAGAGCAUUCACAAGAUGUUAAGCAUGUAGCUUGGAAUCCCUUUGUAAAUGUGCUAGCUUCUUCCUCGUAUGAUGAUACAAUCAGGCUUUGGAAGGAAUUUGACGACGAUUGGGAAUGUGUCGCUAUACUAAGCGGUCAUAAAGGUACUGUUUGGUGUUCAGAUUUCGAGAUAAAAGAAGUAGAAGGUGGAAUUUCACGUUUAUGUAGUUCAAGUGAUGACGGCACUGUUCGUGUUUGGAAAUAUAUUGAUGAUAAUGACGAUGAAUAUGGUCAACAAGAAUGGAUCUGCCAAACAAUCUUGCCAAAGGUGCAUGAGAGGACUGUUUACUGUGUGUCCUGGAGUGAAAACGGACUUAUUGCCAGUACUGGUGCAGAUGGUAAACUAGUCAUAUACAAGGAAACUGAUGAAGAAGGGACUUGGGAAAUUCUUGCGAAGCAUGACUUGUGUCAUACUGUUUAUGAGGUCAAUGUUGUCAAAUGGAUUAAUCUGAACGGCACUGAUAUGUUAGUUACUGGUGGUGAUGAUGGUUAUAUAAAUUUAUGGAGUGUUAAUACCUAA